CGUCAGUAGCCUAUCGGCGCCCGUUCGAGUCGGAUCCUUCUUAGUAAUCGAACAAAGUAUUCCUCGUACGACGGGUUCUGCCGUUCACGCACCGCUGCGCUAUCGCGGCAAGGACGAACCGGCAACAGCGCCGUCGAUCACCUUCCUCUGAUCACUGUGCGACCUACCAAGGACAACCGUGAACCGUCGCACAGCACGGUUCGUACCGGAAGAGGUAGCAUGUUUGCACAAAACAGACGCAACAACGGUCUGCAGAUACCGGCGGUGCUUGCUUUACUAUUACUGUGCAUUGGAGUAUCCCAUCAACAGCAAGGAUGUACAACUCCACGACAACUGCGAGGAAACUGCGUUUCGAUUUACGGUUGCGAAUCCAUACUGAGCUUCUUCAACGGGCGCAUCCUGACUCCGGAAGAUCGCGUUUUCUUGCAAAGCUCUCAGUGUGCACCAACUAAUCCCACCGGUCGACAACCGUUCGUCUGUUGUCCAACGAAUGGGGAGCAACCAGACGUGACCGUUCCCGUGACUACUCCAGUGCCGACCGGAAAUCGUGUUGGGAAUAGCGGGGAGCUGGUCGGUGGACUGCUGCCUAAUCCGAAGAAGAACGAAUGUGGCGUUAGUAUUGGAAUGCGCAUCUACGGUGGAGAGAACGCGGACAUUGAUGAGUUUCCCUGGCUAGCGUUGAUGCAGUACGAGAAUCGACGUGGUGAACGAAAGUACAGCUGCGGUGGAUCGCUUAUCAAUAAGCGUUAUGUCCUCACGGCCGCUCACUGCGUCAUUGGUGAGGUCGAGCGCAAGGAGGGUAAACUCGUUGGAGUGCGGUUAGGCGAGUACAACACGGAUUCGGAAAUUGACUGCGUACAGGAAGAGGACGAGCAGAUCUGUGCCGAUCCACCGAUCGAUACGGGAAUCGAGAAGGUCCUUCCGCAUCCCCAGUACGAUGAACCCUCGCAUUCAAACGAUAUUGCGCUCGUACGACUCGAUAAGACAAUCGUUUUCUCGGAUUUCGUACAACCGGUUUGCCUGCCACUGUCCGACUUUCGCCCUUCUCGCACUGAUGAUGUAAACUUUGUGACCGGAUUCGGUCGCACGCUCAAAGGGAAGCGAAGCGCAAUCAAACAAAAGCUCGGCAUCAAGGUGUACGAUCACGACCGGUGUAGAGAAAAAUAUGCGACGCAGAAGGCGGUGAUAACGACGAAUCAAAUCUGCGCUGGCGGCGAAUUCGCCAAGGACUCGUGUCACGGAGACUCAGGAGGACCGCUGAUGAAGCUGCAGAGGGUCUGGUACUUGGAGGGUGUCGUAUCGUAUGGAAAUCGUUGUGGUCUCGAGGAUUGGCCCGGUAUCUACACUCAUGUGCCAGCCUUUAUGCCAUGGGUACGGAGUAAUAUAGUGGCGUGAGACGCACUAUCGUGACGAGAUAUUUUAUACAAAUAAUGACAGUGAACGAUCAAACACAAACGUCUGUUUGUUAUGUUAGGCCUAGGAUGUAGGGAUAUUUGAAACUGAAAUCCUACUAAUUUGGAGCGUUUUAAAUAAACAAUCGUUGACUCAUACAA